AUGGGCAAGCCGCGGAUGAUCAUCUUGAUCCGCCAUGCCCAAUCAGAAGGAAACAAGAACCGAGAAAUCCAUCAGACUAUCCCCGAUCACCGAGUGAAACUCACCCCCGAAGGACACCGUCAGGCGCAGGAAGCUGGCUCCCGUCUGCGUACACUCCUCCGACCAGAUGAUACCAUUCAUUUCUUCACCUCCCCGUACCGUCGCACCCGAGAGACCACAGAGGGUAUUCUGCAGUCCCUGUCCUUAGAUUCACCGGCCCCGUCCCCUUUCCCAAGACACACCAUCAAGGUCUACGAAGAACCACGGCUGCGGGAGCAAGAUUUUGGGAACUUCCAGCCAUGUUCAGCCGAGAUGGAGCGUAUGUGGCUCGAAAGGGCAGACUAUGGUCACUUCUUCUACCGAAUCCCCAACGGUGAAUCUGCUGCGGACGCCUACGACCGCGUCAGUGGGUUCAACGAGUCGCUGUGGCGUUUGUUUGGAGAGGACGACUUCGCCAGUGUCUGCGUGCUCGUCACGCAUGGCUUGAUGACUCGUGUCUUCCUCAUGAAGUGGUAUCAUUGGAGUGUGGAAUACUUCGAAGAUCUCCGCAACAUCAACCACUGCGAGUUCGUCAUCCUGAAACUCAACCCAGACAACGGGAAAUACGUUCUCCAGAACCAACUACGUACAUGGUCUGAUCUGCGGAGGGAGAAAGAAGAAGAGCGGCAGCGUGAGCGGGCAGCCAAGGGUUUGGAUCCGGUGCAGCCAGCACCAGCAGAGACGUCCGUCCCUAUCCGUCGCAAAUGGGGUGGCUGUCCUGAUGGAUGUAAUCACGGGGUCCGAAGACGAAGCUCUCUACGUGUACCCCGUGGACACAACACAGAUCAUCCAAAGCAUCAGCAUGAUCCUCAGUCGAAGGAGACAACAACACACAGCGCCACUCACAACCACAGAUCUCACGGAAACCAAAACGGCCACCCAAGACCAGUCCCGGCUGUAACGGGGACAAGUACUCCGGUUGACCAGCACAUGCUCAGAGCCCCGGAGCCAGCUUUGGGAGAUCGUUCCAUCGACGCAAGGCCUCUUGGAAGGACCUUGCCUUCCCCGGCUCAGCAGUACGAGUUCGAAGGUGUUCAGCUAGAAACCACGUCCACCUCUCAAGCAACUUUCCCAACACCCAACGCUUCCACUAGCACUAUCAGUCACCUGGGCCAACCCAUUCCGAACCCAAACCCGAUACCCCGCCGCCCUGGCCUCGCCCACCUUCACCGUGACAGCGAGGACCACCUCCUCCAUCCCCCAAACUGCAACUAUGCUUACAUCCACCUCGUCGGCCGUGACGGCGGCGGUUCCAUGAGCGGCGCAAAUAGCCUAGCCCCGUCGGAGGACGAGCGCGACGAGAAGCUCCGCCCCAACAUGCACGCUUAUACCCACAGUCAUAGACAAACUCACUCUCGCCCCAAACCGACUUCCUCUACCCAUCAGAUUAGACCAUCUCAAGACCUAGAUAACGACGGCGAUGACGAAAGCAGUUCCAAGCAGGCUGCGCGACCACGACGUACCCGAUCCCACAGCCAUCAUGCCCGGAACCCUCCGGGCCUGGCACACCAAACCCUUAGCAAGCAAGUCGCCAACGCCCUCAGCCAGGAUCGAGCAGGCCAAGACAGAUCAGAUGAUGAGCCUCUCCCCACAGCUCCUCCGAGUUCGAAGGCCGAGAACCAGCCAGUGGACGCACACAACCGUGAAGACGAUCAAUACGAUGAUCAUGAACACUAUCAUCACCACGGCGACGACGAAGAGGACGACUACAACGAAGAAGACGCCUCUUUCGAAGCUGAAAGGAAACACGACCAAGGCAUCAGAGGUAGUGUAUACUAG